AGCAUCCAAACACAGCUUUGGGGAAGGGAAGAACCAGUGAAAGAAUGGUGGCAGUCAUGGGGGAUUUGCAAUUAGAAUCUCCGAGGUCCCUCAGCUUUCCGCCUCUCACUUUUCACUCCCACAGAGAGGAGAGAGAGAAAACAGAAAAGAGAGAAGAAGAAUAUAGAAUAGUGGGUGGAUUGGCUUGGAAUGGUGUACCACCACCGAUGAUGACAACACUCUAUCUCUUGCUUCUUUCGAAAACAGAAACAUUAAAGAAAGAAAACCCCAAUCUUCAGAUUUGAGAAGGAACAAAGAAUGAAAUCAAAAACAACAAAAACAAAAACAAUACAGAAUGGUUUCCUUCUGUUUUAGACAUCCUAAUCCCAUUCUUAUGUCUCACUAUUUUUGGCUUUGAAAGAGGGUAAGUUUAUUGGGAUUUGAUUACCCACAUUCUUAGCAAAAGAGAAGGGAUCGGAUAAGGGUUGGCUUGAUUAUUAUUUUUCUUUGCAUUUCUUUUUUAAUGCAAACAAUUAGUUGUGUAAUUUGAAGGAUGGGGGAUCAUUUUGAGCUUCUGGUGGAUCGGUUGCUCACUGAAUCCACCCUUGAAGCCGCUAUUGAGAGCAAAAAACAGUUGCAGCAUGACAUUCCAUCGGCAAGUGAAGAUACGAUGAAUGGUUUUUCUUCUCAUAGGAUGGAUGCUGAUAGUGGAUCAUCACCGAGGAAAUUGGUUUUGUGUAGAAUUUGCCACGAUGAGGAUGAAGAUUCGAAUAUGGAGAUUCCUUGUUCAUGCUGUGGCACUUUAAAGUAUGCCCACCGAAAAUGUGUCCAAAGAUGGUGCGACGAGAAGGGUGACAUUAUGUGUGAGAUUUGCCACCAGCAAUUCAAGCCAGGUUACACAGCACCACCUCCUCUGUUUCAUUAUGGCAAUAUUCCAAUGAACUUCAGGGAAAGUUGGGAGGUUUUGAGAAGAGAUAUGUAUAAUCCUCAAUUUUUAGCUAUGGUUGCUGCUGAUCGCAGCUUUCUGGAUCCCAACUUUGAUGACUUUUCAGCUCCCACUUCAAGAAGCCUGACAUGUUGUCGUGUGGUUGCUAUAAUUUUCAUGGUUCUUCUGGUUUUACGCCUUACUCUACCGAUCAUAAUCGGUGGAGCCGGAGAUUACACAAUUACGUUGUUCAUGUUACUGAUUUUGAGAACCGUCGGGAUCCUUUUGCCAAUCUACAUCAUGGUUAAAGCAGUUACUUGUAUCCAACGUAGGCAACACCAACAGGAAGCCCGUAAUGUCUCUCUUUUCGCGUCGGACGAAGAAUAUGAACUGCCGCAACUGCAGCCUCAGCUACAUCUCAUUCAUAUACAGUAAUUUCUGCAAGAAAGAGUUGAAAACAGCAGUGCAACUUGUAGUCUUCUAUUAGAUGCAAAAAAAUAGGAGUGAUCGUAAAGGUCUAGUCUCCAGAUGGUGAUGAAGUAACGUUGCUGUGGCAUCCAUGGAACAUAUGUAGUCUUGCUUCAUGAAAUGCUAUGAGUUGUAAGAUCUGUACAGUAGGGUAUGCUUCACUGUAAAUAACAGUAUCACUUGCAAAAAAACAAACAAACAAAAUAGGCCUGGAUUUGCAGCUUCCUGCAAACAUGAGAAUAUAAAUAACAUAUUGGCAGUUUCUUCUCUUCCCA